AGGAAAAAAGAGAGAGGAAGCAAAUUAUCAAACGCAGUAGGACUCUCAACCAAAAGCAAAUAUGCAGAAACUGUAACAAAAUCUUCAUUUGUUUUUGAGCUUUAUCCUCAUUUUUGAGUUGAUCGAAAAUGGCGAACCAGUUGGAGAGCUUGGUGGAAUCAAUAAAGUCAAAGGUAAGGGCUCUAAAGAAGUCAAAGAAUAAUAAUAAGCCCUACAUAAAGAUGGAUAAGAGCUCCAGCGUUAAGGUCGAGAUCCGUAGCAGGAAAGCCAGGAGGCUCAUCGACAAGACCUUGAAGGCCGCCGAUCGCCCCGGAAAACGUUAGCUUAUACAGAUUCGGUGUGCGUUUGGGGACGUUACGAAAGGUAACGUGGGAACCGUUUCGGAUUGGCAGACAAGAAAUAUCCAAUUACUUUUUUCUUUCUCGCUUGUAUACUUCGAUGUUAAUAAUAAUUAAUUGAAAGGUUAAU